UCUUUCAUUCUUGUCAGUUCGCGAAACGUUGUUGUCGUAACGAGGUUAUUUUCGUGAACGAUUUGAAAUUAAAAUUAAUUUCUUAAAAAUAGAAGUACAGUUUACAAUAUUCCAGCUAAUGGUAAUUGUUUGCUGGAUCAUUAAUCGUUAAGAUCAAAAUGGCAUCGCUAUCCAGAAUUCAAAAGCUCGCCCUCAUAAGUUUGGGUGCUGUCGGAGGCGGUUUAGCAUAUUACAGAAUAAAUAGUGAUUCUAAGGAAAAAAGGUUUAACGCUUUCAACUCUUGGACGACGAAUUUCACUCCUAGCGUGCAGUGGGAAAAAAAUUGGGACCACCGGGAACCAGAAUGCUUGGUAAAACCAAUUAAGCAUGGACUGGAGGAAGAUGACAAUAAGUAUAAUGAGAAGCUGGAGAAAGCGAAGAGCAGGGCUGUGAGGCACCUGUUCCUCAUCAGACACGGACAGUACAAUGUCGAUGGAGCCAAGGAUAAGGACAGGACUCUUACGGACUUAGGAAGACUACAAGCUGACUUAACAGGCCAAAGACUGGCUUUGCUAGACAUAAAAUGGGACUUACUAGUCCAGUCCACAAUGACACGGGCUCAAGAAACAGGCACCAUCAUAGCCAAACACCUGGACAAGGAUAUUGAAGUAAGGGACUGUCAACUCAUUGAAGAAGGAGCCCCGAUACCUCCGGAACCACCAGUUGGACACUGGAGACCGGAACCAAAACAGUUCUUUCAGGACAGUGCGCGGAUAGAGGCAGGGUUCCGUCGCUACUUCUACAGAGCGCCGCCUGAGCAGACUGAAGACACCUACACGUUGCUGGUCUGUCACGCAAAUGUCAUCCGGUAUUUUGUUUGCAAGGCACUCCAAUUCCCACCUGAAGGUUGGCUGCGGUUAUCACUGAACCACGCUUCCAUCACAUGGUUAUCCAUAAUGCCUAAUGGCAACGUAGUCCUGCGAUCCUUGUCUGAUACUGGCCACAUGGACCCUAAGUACAUCACUAGCCGGUAAAACAGCACUGGACCGGGAUAACGAAGUAGAGAGAGUAGUGACUAGCGCUAGUUACUGGUAUGUUUAAGUAGAUAGUACUGAAAUGGGCAUAGAACUUAAGCUCAACUCACACCAAACGAGCAUCGAAACAGAGCAGUUUUAGUGUCAUAUGAAUUUAAACUUUAUUUUCAUUAUUAUAAUACUUAUUAUCGCAUGAGAAACCCGAACUAGGAAAUUCCGGCGAAUACCAAUAACGAGAAAACUCGAGAAAUUUCGCGUCUCGCUGUCCUUCGUCGCUCUUUCGGUGUGAGUUGACCCUACAGUAAUUGCCGUACACAGACACAUUGAAUGAUUACUUAAACUAUAAUAUCAAAGAAGUUACAAGUGCACGGCUAACCUUUUGGGAGUUAGGGACGUGGGAAUUGGGGAAAUUGAGCCUGUGCGGGGUGUAAGGUCGUAGGUAGACAUCAAACGCAUUAAAGACCGUAAAAGUUUAUUGUUUUUAUAAAGAGUUCAGAGCACUUUGUUAAACCUGGGUGUCUUCGAGGUCUGAGUGAAUAGGUUGCUUGUGGGACGACGUGCUUCAUCGUAGACCGCAUUCAUCGCUAACCACCAGCCGAUAUAGUGGUCAAACGUUGGCCCAACAAAUAUAUAAUCCUAAUUUUGAAUGUUAAUGUUUAUGUUAUUUGAUGAAUGCACCCGUUCUGUUCGCGAUCGACAAGUACACUGAUGUCAUGUUAAUGUUAAAACAAUAUAUGAAAACUGCUUCGCGAGCAAGUGUUAAGGUUUAGACCGAACAGGGCCUCCGGUACCCUCACUCACACGGGGAAACAACGCAAGAGUAGUUUCAUACCAGCUCUCUGUGUUAUUCUACCUCUAUACUACUGAUUUUGUUCCGAAACUAAUUGCUAAGGUCUAACUUAAGUAUUCAUUCAACGACUGAGUACGGCGGUGAAUGCAAUCCUCCAUAUUGGCAUGUGGCGGGGUGUUUUUAUAUCUUACUAAUAAGUAUGAUUCUAAGUUUAAUACACUAAAAGUGUGUAUGAUAGAGAUAUGUGGUUGUCCAAAUAUGACUAAGGUAGGUAUUAUAAAACAAAGAUCAAAAGCAGAGGUUGUAUGAUUUUCCCAUUUUCCUAUUUGAACGACAAUAACCAUUUAUUUCUAUUACCUACACUUAAAACAUUAUUCUGUGUGCAAUAUAGGGAGUAAUUAGUUUUGUAGCUUUUGUACUAAAAGUACUACAAUAUGCACUGAAUUAAAAACAGCAUUUUACAUACAAUAUUUGACUGCGAAAAUUUUUUAACCUGAUAGGAUUUAACUUGCUCGUAGUGCCUUUAUACAUCGCAAAUGCCCAUUUACAAGAUUAAAUUUUGUUGUAGUUAUAAAACUAUUUUUUGUUGAAAAGUCUUAAAACAACAAUGAUCCUAAUCUUGCCUCUGCUUCUCUCUGUUAGUCUAUGAACAUAUA